AUCCUAAUUAAUCUAAUAACAAGAAGAAACAAACCCUAGCCCAGCCCCAGUUCAGAAAGACUACCGACCGCUUAAGAACUCACAGAAAUAUAUCUUUCUCACCAAAACCAUCUUUCGAUCUUUUAUUUUGACCUUCAACAUACACUUUGGCUUUCGGUUUUCGUUUUCAGCUCUAUCAUGGAAGAGGUUACAGAUGGAGUUAACAAUAUCAACUUAAGCGCUGAUUUAAUCAAGAAAAAUCGGAUUCAAGUCUCCAACACUAAGAAACCCUUGUUCUUUUACGUUAAUCUCGCUAAGAGAUACAUGCAGCAGCACAAUGAGGUGGAACUCUCCGCUCUUGGAAUGGCCAUUGCCACAGUUGUCACUGUUGCAGAAAUUCUGAAAAACAAUGGUUUGGCUGUUGAGAAGAAGAUCAUGACCUCAACAGUGGAUAUGAAGGAUGAAUCAAGAGGGCGAUCUGUCCAGAAAGCCAAGAUUGAAAUAUUGCUGGAGAAGACUGCAAACUUCGAUGAGCUGAUGGCAGCUGCUGCUGAGGAGAGGGAAGCUGGAGAAGCCGAAGAGCAGAAUUGAAAGGCAGUUAGUUAUCUAUUGGUAUCUGGUUUGCUUUGGUGUUCAUGCUCCAGUGCCAGUGAAGGCACUUAAUUUAGUUAGUUUCUUGGUUGUGGGGUAUCUUAGGUAUUGUAGUCCCAAUUGGUUUGGUAAUUGUGAAGAUUUGAACUUAAGCACCUAUAGACACCAUAUGUUUACCAUUCAAAAUUCAAUUAUAUUAACUGAUUCUUUUCUCCA